CAACAAAAAGUCAAAAAUAUCCUUCUCCUCUCUCUGUCUCUCUCUAAAAAAAUGGCGAGUUUUUUUCGCGCGCGGCGCGUGAGUCUUACGGCAGCAGCGACGUUAACAGCCGCAGUAACCGGAUCCUACGUGGCACUACGUAUUCCUAACAUCUCAUCAAACGAUCUCAAUAAUAAUAAAGCAUUAAAUACAAUAAGAGAUAAGAUCAUUAACAAUCCGGUGGUUCCGUCACGUGAUUUUCAACAAUCGUCACUAAUCGGUGCAAAUCAUUCAAAUCCGCUCGACAUUUUAGUCGUCGGCGGUGGCGCCACCGGCUGCGGCGUCGCACUUGAUGCCGUUACUAGAGGCUUACGUGUCGGCCUUGUGGAGCGAGAUGAUUUUUCCUCUGGAACCUCUUCCAGGUCUACAAAGUUGAUUCAUGGAGGUGUUCGCUACUUGGAAAAAGCCGUAUUCAAUCUAGAUUAUGGGCAACUAAAGUUGGUUUUUCAUGCUCUAGAAGAGCGUAAACAGGUUAUUGAUAAUGCUCCACACCUGUGCCAUGCCUUGCCCUGCAUGACACCAUGUUUUAGCUGGUUUGAGGCAGUAUACUAUUGGGUGGGCUUGAAAAUGUAUGAUCUAGUGGCAGGCAGGCGUCUACUUCAUCUGUCUAGAUAUUACUCAGCACAAGAAUCUGCUGAGCUAUUCCCGACACUUGCAAGAAAAGGAAAAGAUAGAAGUUUGAAGGGAACAGUAGUCUAUUAUGAUGGACAAAUGAAUGAUUCACGGGUUAAUGUUGGCUUAGCAUGUACUGCUGCAUUAGCUGGUGCUGCCGUACUUAAUCAUGCAGAAGUUGUAUCUUUUCUAAAAGAGGAGGGUGGGGAACGGAUAAUAGGAGCACGAAUUCGGGACAACUUAUCAGGGGCAGAGUUCGAUACAUAUGCCAAGGUUGUUGUUAAUGCCGGUGGACCAUUUUGCGACUCUGUUAGAAAUCUGGCUGAUAAAGAAGCAAAACCGAUGAUCUGUCCCAGUAGUGGUGUGCACAUUGUGCUGCCCGAUUAUUAUUCUCCUGAAGGAAUGGGCUUGAUUGUUCCCAAAACAAAGGAUGGACGAGUUGUAUUCAUGCUCCCAUGGUUAGGAAGGACAGUUGCUGGUACAACCGACUCUAAUACAAGCAUUACUAUGCUACCAGAACCUCACGAGGAUGAAAUUGAAUUUAUACUGGAUGCGAUCUGUGAUUAUCUUAAUGUUAAGGUACGGCGUACAGAUGUUCUUUCUGCUUGGAGUGGUAUCCGGCCUUUGGCAACUGAUCCAAACGCGAAGAACACGGAGAGCAUUUCAAGAGAUCAUGUUGUAUGUGAAGAUCUUCCUGGUUUGGUCACGAUUACUGGGGGAAAGUGGACUACAUAUAGAAGCAUGGCUGAAGAUGCAGUUGAUGCAGCUAUCAAGUCUGGGAAGCUGAACCCAGCAAACAGCAGUUUGACAUCCAAUUUACGCCUCGUGGGUGGAGAUGGAUGGGAUCCUGCAUUCUUCACCGUGCUUGCUCAAGAAUAUGUACGGAUGAAGGUUUCACACACUGGAAAAGUUGUUCCUGGAGUCAUGGACACUGCUGCUGCUAAGCAUUUGUCUCACUCGUAUGGUACCAUGGGUGAAAAAGUAGCUUCCAUAGCUCAGAAAGAAAAUCUUGGAAAGCGUCUUGCCCAUGGGUACCCGUACCUUGAAGCUGAGGUGGCCUACUGUGCUCGGAAUGAGUAUUGCGAAUCUGCAGUGGAUUUCAUUGCUAGGCGAUCCCGACUUGCUUUUCUUGAUACUGAUGCAGCAGGCCGGGCACUCCCCCGUGUGAUCGAGAUAUUGGCAGCUGAACACCAAUGGGACAAGCAAAGGCAGAAGCAAGAGUUCGAGUCAGCAACAAAGUUUCUUGAAUCUUUCAAGUCAUCCAAGAAUGCCCAGUUCUAUGAUGGGAAGCAUACAUAGUGAGAUAUUAUUACAGUCGCUCCUGGUUUGUAAUUAGCUGACUCCAGGAAGCUGGAAUUUUGGUUUAUCCUUCGGCUGGAUGUUCACCUUUCUCUCUGGUGUGUUGUUAAGUCAAUACUUCAUACCACGUGGUUAUAGCUUACGAAUUUUUAAGCUCACCCUGAUGAGUUUUUCUGACUUCCCAAUUUAGACAGACAUGGAAAAUAAUGCUACAUGCAACGUCCUUUUAUGCAGGAUUUAGUUUCUUGAAUUGAGGGUAGUAGCACCCUUUCAGAAAAUGUGUUUUAUGUCAUUGUCCCAGGGUACAAAAUUAUUCAUUCUUCUUGAGCUUAUUGGAUGUUUAAUUGUAAUGCCCUCUGAUAGCUCAUUUUUCAUGUCAUUCAUGAGAUUAAAUAACUUGUGACAAUGUCUUGCAUAUUAUCAAUCAACAAUGAUGGUUGUACCUAAUUGUGAAGUCGAAUUUGCCAGUUGUGACGGGAGUUGGAUAUAAAUAUGAUCUGGUAUGCUAAGGUUUGGUAUCGUCUGUGAUCUGUCCGAAUAAUUGGAUCCAUUAUAAUUUGUUGGAACACGGCCCGGAACACCUAAGAUUAACCCAUUAUGGCACCGACUAAUUUAACAGUCCAACUCACACGAAACAUCCAUUUCUUUUUAUGUCAUUUAAGCAUUCUUUUGAAGCAUCCAGGGACAUUAAUGUACUUAUUCAUAAUGCAACUUUUCUUUUGUUCAUCUUA